AUGACCAUCUCGACUGAAAAGUCCGUGGUACUCCCGUUUACGAGAAGUAACAUGCAUCCCUUCCCUCUUUCAGUUGCUGGUGUACAGCUGAGGAGUGCAUCUUUUCAUCGUUUCCUAGGUGUCACGGUAGACGCCAGGCUGUCUUGGGUGAAGCACAUAGCGAGCUUGGAAGCGAAGGUCCACCGGUGGAUUGCGGUGAUCAGGCAUCUGGCACGCGUGAAGUGGGGCAGUGCCAUGGCGUCGCUUUUGGCCGUCCACCGUGCUUUGGUUCGCGGGUCACUUGCAUACAGCUUGCCUGUGUUAAAUGGCCUUCCACCUUCCUCAGUCCAGAAGCUUCAGUGCCUCCUGGCGCGCAGUCUCCGAGUGUGCUUGGGAGUCCCUCGGGCGGCAGAGACCCAUAUGGUCAUUGCUGAGGCUAAGGAAGCCCCGCUUCAAGUGCUUCGCUACCGGGAGACGUGUCGGCAGUAUACCUCCGCCUUCUAG